CAGUGUGCACACCGAGCCUGCAAUCCUAGGAUUGUGAUACUUUACCAUCAGUGUGUUUUUCGAAAAAAACAGCAGCAUUAUUGCUGCUCCUUGGAAUGUUCAUGGCCUUUUCCGAAAAGUUGAAGACAAAAUGUAGGUGGGCAGGUCUCACAUCGUCCAUGGGUUAAAUUAAGAUCCUAGAUCAAGCAACAUGUUUAAUUUCAGAAUAGAUAACUAUUUGCGGCGCCUUCCGGUAGGUUUCUUGUCCAUCUGGAUGAAUUGAAGGCGAUAUUUAAGAGGACAUUUCUGAGUCGGUUAAUUCAAAGCAUAGAAAGAAAUGAAUGUUUAUUUUUCGUGCUAUCCGGUAGGUUUGAUGUCUAGUUGUAAAUGAUAAAUGGUUUGUGAGGAUACUUGAGUGAUGAAAAUGAUCAAUAGUGUUAGAGGACAGUGUUAUCAAGUUUCAGAAAAAAUCCCCACUUGAGACAUUAGAUCGUGUAACAUAGAUGUAAUUUCGAAUGCUUGGCAACACACUUCCUAUCAUGAUCAAAAAGAGAUUAAGUGGAGAUAAAGUACAAGGAAAUUUAAAACGUAAUAAACUGGAAACCGUGUGACCAUACCCUAAAUUUCAUCUUGGAGUUGAUCAUCAUAAGCUAGCCAGUUAAACAUUUUAAAGAGAGUAAUAUUAAUUUGAAUCAUCAUCCAUUAUCUCAGUGCUACAAACCUGAUUUGACAUUUAGUUUUGACAUUUGGUCUAUAUGCAUACCUGAGAUUCGUUGCCUUUCUUUUGACGUCAAACUUAAAUACAUUUUUUAACAUAAUUUUUACGUAACAGUUGUUGUUAAGUUCAUACAUUUUAAUAGAUCCAAAGAUUAAGGAGCAAAGUAAAAAUAAAGCAUUUGAAUUUCCGUUUGGAGUGUUAAGAUCCUUGUAGACCGCAAAGAUGUCACCGUGGAGUUUGUUAGGAAUGUGUUUAAAAGUGUUGUUGGUGGAGCAAAGUCUUGCAAUAGUAAAAUACCGGAAAGGCGCCAAAUUCAAAUACCGCCGGAAGGGUUCUACAAGCGAUAUUGAAAGUACGCCUACGACUGAAAACAUGGUUGAGAUCCAAAAGAAGUGGGAUGCCGUCCGUAUUCUGCCCAGGUCAGAGGACAUUGUGGAUUCCUACCUCAAGCAGCACAAAAUUGUCCCGCAUAUUAUUCCCAAAUCUCCCAAAUAUGCUAUAGAGGUUGUAUACUUCAACAGUAUAGUCGUGGAUUUCGGAAAUGAGCUAUGGCCGUACCAAGUUGAUGUCAUGCCUUAUCGAACCGUUUGGCCAACUGAACUUGGAGCGUACUACACCAUCUUAUUAAUAUCUCCCGAUAUUCCGAUAAGGGCUUUCCCGUACGAAGCGGAAUACUUGUACUGGAUGGUGGCAAAUGUUUUCGACUACUGUGCCACAUCAACAGGGGUCACAUAUGCGGAUUAUUUGACGCCUAGAAUUGUGGGUGAAGUCGGGAGCAACGAUACAGAUAAGCAUCGGUUCAUUUUUCUCGUGUACAAACAACCCAUGGGUAUUGUAUCAUAUCAAUUGCCUUAUAUGCCAUCAAACGGGUUUUAUGAAUAUCGUAAACACUUCAACACAACGGAACUCGCAGAAAAGUAUGGCUUAGGACUACCAGUGGCUGCAAACUUUUUCCAGAUGACCAGAGUUGAACCGAAUCAAUAUCAAUUCGAGCGGGGAAAACAAAUUUCACAUUAUGCGGCGUGGAAUCCGCGAUUGAGUGAUGAGCAUGAGCACUGAGUUUCAUCUUGAAUUUACUUUACUUUUGACUUCUAUGGGUCAUAUAUAGUAGGGCCCACGAACGAUAAUCCCUGAAAAAUCGGGCGAAUAAAUGCUUGGACCAUGUAAAUGACAACGCUGCGAGGUCGAGCACGCACAUCAACGAGACCGGGUAUUGUGAAUGCGGAAAGCUAUUAAAUGCGUACCGCUGCUAUUCUACCCCUAUCUUCAGGUCAAAAUUCUUAUAUCCUUUGGUAAAAUACCAAUUUCUUGUAAUUUUGCCCAAAUCUCCUGGUUCAUUACAUGGUUGAAUUGCUUAUAAAAUUCUGAGUUAAAUGAUAUAUAAUUGUAUUUCAAAUUUUAUAUUUCUUUAUUUUUCCUUCUUGUAACGAAGUCCUAUUUUUAUUUCUCUCAUCGUAUCUCGAACUGUAACUUCUCUACUUUUGGACCGAUUUUUAUAAACGAGGCCUCUUUUUACUCGUGUUUUAACGAAGAUUAAGGAAACACUCGCUAAAUACAUGUUAAACAAUUUUCAAAAAAUUUUGGUUCAUCCUAGUAGGACGGUGAAAUUGUUAAUUACCCGUGAGUAAUUAGGGUUCGAUUGUUGCUAGGCUCAGCAUUGUCGCCCGAGCUCGAGACUCGGGCCGGGUUGGGGUGUCGCUGCUGCCAGCGUUGGCAAGAAAUACCCGCGGCUCAGGGAUCAUCGUUCGUGGGCCCUACUAUAAUCUCGUACAUGCAGAUAAAAUGCAUCCCCUGAUAAGUGAUAACAUUCAUGCACUUGCCUCAAAAUUGAAAAUAAAAAGAGGAAAUGCACGUUGCAGUAUCCGUCAUCUGCGUAUUGUAAUGUUCCCAUUGUAAACGAUCCUGCAGAGCAUGAAUGAGUUUCAGCAAAUUAUCUCGAAGAACAGCAAAUUCUGACAUCCGCUCUUUUUAGAUAUGGCGCGAUUUUUAUUUUUAUAUUACUUGGAAAAUCGUGCUAAAAGUCUGAAACGUGGUCACAUUACACUUGAAGAACUAUGGGUCCUAACAAAAAAAAAGUUAUCCUUAAAAAUGGCGGAUGUCGACAUCCGCUAUUUAUACAAAUAAGGGAUUUCAUCUACACUCCUGUCUCACAUUUCACUCACUUUCUGAUUACGUAUGGCUGUGCAUUUCUCUCUAGCCUUUUCCCACACCUCAUAAUUGAUAUAGAUUAAAAUGAAUUAAAUUUAGGUAUGAAUAAAUGUCGCGCUUAUCAGGACAUGCGUUGGGUUGAAGUUCACUAUAUUCCCUGAUUACAAGGGCAUUCACAUGAGGUGCAAUAUUGCGAAAGAGUUGGCUUUAGUUCACUCUGAUCCCUCAUGACAGAAAGUAGAUAGUGUUGACCUAUUAGUAGUAGUGCGCAAAAACAUCUAUCAUUGAAAGUAAGUAUUUAUAUAACCUUCACUUUUAAUGGAAUGGUCAAGUGCACGCAUACCGGAAAUGUUGAAAGAUCGUUGUCUCUCCGGAGACAAGAUCCAAUGGCCAACUGAAAACUUCUAUUGACACCGGCAAUUAUUCCCGCUGUAACAGUUUCAUGAAUGAUUAGGUUUCUCACAUUUGCCGGUAGAUCUUACCUAUUAUACCAAUGUUAUCAGAUGAAACAAAAGGUGAAAAUUGUCUUGCGAUGAAAUAUUUGUUUUUCACCUCUGAUUUUUACUUAUUUUCAGAAAAAUUGUAAGUUAUCAUAAUUAUUGUAAUAAUUAUUAUUAUUAUCAUCAUCAAAUUAAUUUUAUAUGAAAUUUGCUGUGACAUUGUUCGAAUCAUACCAAUAAAUGCGUAAUUAUGUUAAA